AUGAAUGCCCUGUGCGGGGGAUGCGGCGGGGUGGGCACGGUGCAUUUCCUGGAGGAGGCGGGGACUGAGGUGUGCACCGCGUGUGCAGCGCUCGCGGGGGAGUGUGCGCUGGAUGUGCCACACAAUGCGGCGGCAGAAGCGGCCGAGCCAUGGCCGACCGACGCCGAGAAACACCUCCGGCACCAUACCUACGACGCAGCAGCAGCGCGGCGCGCCGCACAGCGGCGGCGCGAGGCGCAGUAUACGGGCGUGAUCCAUAGCGCGGCGACACGGCUUGGGUAUGCGUAUGCUAGCGAGCGUGCCGCAGCCCUGUUUUCGAGCUGCGAGGGGCAGCGCGCUGCCGCCGCCGCCGCCGCCGCCGCCGCUGCAGCGCUCUACGCUGUGCUGCGCAGCGACCGGCGGGCCGUGGACGCACCGGCCGUCGCGACCGCGAUCGAAGUCCCGCUCGCGGCACUUGUGCGUGCAUUUCGCCUACUGCGCGAUCGCGCGCCGUUCCGCGACGUGUGCCUCGACGAUCCAUCGAUCUACACGGCAGGCCAUAUUGAUUUCCUGCUGCUCAUCUCCGACCAGAUACCCCACCCUAACGGCGAGCGGCUCCACGGCACAGAAAAAGAGAAAGCACUGUGGCUUGCGAAUGCUGUCGCACAGAGCUGCCUGGCCUACGAGCUUACCGGGCUCGACAUGCAGCCGUUUGCCUUUGCCAUCGCACUGCACGCCAUCGAAGGCGCAUUGCAGCGCACGCUGACCAUCCGCACGCUCCUUCCGUAUGCUCAUGGUGCCAUGGCGCACCGGCUGCGCGUAGGAUGCAUCGCUGCACCCCCAAGCGGCUCGGCGUCGACGAUCCUCGCCCGCUACGCCGAGAUCGAAAAGAUGCUUGUGCACGCGAUCGCGCAGCUGCCGUGGGUCGCCAACCGGCCCAAGAAGCGAAAAUUUGGGCGCCGCGACGUUGCGCUCUACCUCGAGGACGCGGCGCGUAUGUGGGACAAGCACGGCGCGCCAAAGCCCCUCGCCGCGCAGUGGACCAAAGCCUUUCGCGCCGAGGUGCCCGAGAAGGACGAUGCGCCGGCUGUGCGCCGGCCGACGAUUGCCGAGCGCCUAGGCCUGACGCAUGCCGCGAUCGAUGCGAUGGGCGACGAUCAGGUCGAUCGCAUCCUCUUUUCGCGCGAGGAGCUCUUGUCCUACUUCCGUACGCCCGAGGAGCAAGCUGUCGUGUGCCAGCUCAAGGGAUGGGACGACAAAGAGGCGGCGGUGCCUGAGCCCGUCGCAAAAGAUACCCCCCACCGCCUACGUAAUGACCCCGAGCUGUAUAUGCCGCUGAAUCCCGCCGAUCUUUCCGACGGCUCGGAUUGGGAGGCCUAA